AUGCCUCCUCGUAAGACCGCAGCGUCCACGGAUGAAGCAGCUGCACCACGUCGUUCAAGCAGAGCGGCAACAGUCAAGUCUGGAGAAGAUCUGAAGAGUAAAGAAACAAGUGUGAAGAAGCGCAAGGCGACUGGCGACGACAAGGCCAUAAAUCUUUUUGAUGCUAUUAUCAAGGCCAAACCCGAGACUGACGAAGAAAAAGACGAGGAGGAGGAUGAAGAAGCUGUCGCCCCUGCUCUUGAGCCGAUCGACAUUGGCGACUCACUCCCAUCGUUGACUCUGAAGAAUGAAAAGGACGAGGAUGUUGAUGUGGCGACCUUGACUGCUGAAAAGGGACUCGUUCUCUUUUUAGUGCCAAAGGCAGACACUCCUGGAUGCACCAAGCAAGCCUGCGCUUUCAGGGACAUAUAUCCCGACUUCACGGGCUUGGACUAUGAUGUGUAUUGCCUCAGUGCGGAUACUCCAGCCGCUCAAACCAAAUGGCAGGCCAAGAAAGAACUGCCUUAUCCACUCCUCUCAGAUCGCAAGCGUGUGCUCAUCACUGCUCUUGGGGCUGGAGAGGGCGGAAAGACGAAGCGCAGCCAUUUCAUCUUUGGCAAGGGCGGAAAACUCCUUGACAAAAAGCUUCCAGUCAAACCGGAGGACAGUCCCAAGCUUGCCCUUGAGUUCAUCAAAAGCCAAUGA